CUAUUCUCGGAGGCUGCUCCCUUUCCCGUCCAGCACAUCCAACGCACCUCGUAGCCCCUCCAAGAGCCUCUCCGCCGCCAAGUGUUUGCUCCUAUCACUGCAGUCAAGGAUCCAUUGAAACCCCUCCUACCCAGCCCCUCUGCCACAUCCGCCUCCUCUCCUGUCGAACCGGCCAUGUCCACCUCGGGAGCAUCGUCUCGUCCUGGCCCAAGACCAGCAGCAUCGUCAUCACCCUCAUCCGAUGCCGCGGCAACUCCAUCGCGACCGGUGGUGCAUGUCUUCAAGUCGCUGAUACCCAAGCUCGUCGUCUCGAAUCUCCACACGAGACUCACGCCGCUCUAUGGAUCUGGCCUGGCCGGGUUUCUGGCCGGCCUCGCCCAGGCGAUUACGGCUCUGUUGCUGCGAGCGCCCUUUGCCCUCGAGAAGCGCUGGGAAAUGAGCGAGCGGCGAUCGGUCAGCCUGACCAGCAACACUGGCCUCGGCUGGAUCGCCUUGCUGCUGUUGCGGACGGCCGUCGGGCAGUCGGUCUACUACGCCGUCUGGGGCAAGCUGGGCCAGCGCAACCCCCGGCUACAAAACGUCCGGGCCCAUCUCGGCAACGUCAUGACCAUUGUCCUGGCGGCCUUUGGGUACCGCCUCGCCACCAUGGCCGUCAAUCGGCUGUGGUCCAGGUACAUCUUUGCGCUCCCGGACCGGCGGCUCAGCGACAGCCAAGACGAUCAAGACGGCAACCACGGCUCUGCCGGCGGCGCUUCUCAGGGCCGCAUCGGCAGCUCCAGAAUCGACGACGAUCUGCUCGACGAAGACGACCUGGGCCGGGCGGUGGACUCGUCGUCUGGGUUCAGCCGAGUCCGAUCCAGCAGCGGGGGCAUAAGUGCGCUGCAGCACUGGAAGCUCCUGGAGCGGCAGGUCAACGACACCAUCAUGGCGGGAUUCCCGCUGGUCAUGACUGAGGCUCUGCGAGGGUUCCAGCUCCACCGCCGGCUCGCGCAGAGACGAAGCGAGAUGAUCGAGCUGGGUCCGGCAGCAUUCGGACUCGAUCUUUGAUUACCUCCCUCGGUCUUUGCUGGGCUUUUGCAAUACCCGCAAGACGAAAGGGAUACUCUGAUCUGAUUUUGAUUUUGAUUUUGAUUUGAUUUCGAUUUUGAUUUCGAUGGGAAUGCACACACUACCCGCAAUGACUCUUGACUCUGU